GACAGUUUUGGCCGUAGGCAGGCGCAGGCGGUUAGGGGCGGUUAGACAUCCACAUUCUGAAAUAUAUCAACAAUUUUCUGAAUGCAAUGGGAAAACGGGAUCGUAAAGACGGUGAAUCCAAGAAGUCAAAGAAAUUUAGAACGGACUCUCCUGAAAUUGAAAUUGACGACUCACAAGGACCCGAUGCUACUUUCAUUCCCAAGAACGCAAGUCGUCAGGUAGAGGAGCAGGACGAUGGGGAUGAGGAUGAGUUUGGAGCCAAAGAUUACCGCAGUCAGAUGGAACUCAAGAAGGACCACGGUUCAAGACCCCUGUGGUUGGCUCCCGAUGGACACAUCUUUUUAGAAUCCUUCUCGCCGGUCUACAAACAUGCUCAUGAUUUCCUUAUAGCUAUCUCGGAACCGGUAUGCAGACCAGAAAACAUCCAUGAGUACAAACUGACUGCAUACUCAUUGUAUGCAGCAGUAUCUGUUGGUCUCCAGACCAGUGACAUCAUAGAGUACCUCAGGAGACUAAGCAAGACUACCAUCCCUAAUGGCAUUGUGGAAUUCAUCAAGCUAUGUACUCUUAGCUAUGGUAAAGUGAAGCUGGUCCUGAAGCACAACAGAUACUUUGUGGAGAGUCCUUUCCCUGAUGUUUUGCAAAAGUUACUGAAGGAUUCGGUUGUGCAGCAGUGUCGUCUGAGAUCAGAUGUUAACGAGGAGGAGAACGAAGAUGGCUUUCUCGUGUCCCAGAGGGCAGCGGGAGGCUCAUCUGUACUCAAGUUGAAUGCUCCGAACUCCAAAGGCAAAGCCAACGAAGGGACAGAUUCGCAGGAAGGAGGAGAAGGGGAAGGUGAAGCGGAGAAGAUCCCGACAGACAUCUUUGAUUUCUACGAUAAAAUAGAUAAGGAGGAUGACGACGGGGAUGAUCUGACUGCCGUCUCGUUUGAGGUCAUUCAAGACGAAAUUGAGAAUCUGCAAAAGAGAUGCAUUGAGUUAGAGUAUCCUCUGCUAGCUGAAUAUGAUUUCAGGAACGACACGAGGAAUCCUGACCUCAGCAUCGAUUUGAAACCCACCACCGUCCUACGUCCAUACCAAGAGAAGAGCUUGAGAAAGAUGUUCGGCAAUGGAAGGGCAAGGUCAGGGGUCAUCGUACUUCCAUGUGGUGCUGGCAAGACAUUGGUCGGGGUGACUGCUGCUUGUACUGUCAGGAAGCGCUGUAUGGUGCUGUGUACAUCGGGGGUGGCUGUUGAGCAAUGGAGAUCGCAGUUUAGGAUGUGGUCCACCGUAGACGAUGCCAUGAUAUGUAGGUUCACUUCAGAUGCUAAAGAUAAACCGAUGGGCUGCACUAUCUGUAUCAGUACUUACUCCAUGGUUGCUCAUACUACAAAGAGAUCCUGGGAAGCAGAUCAGGUCAUGCAGUGGCUCCAGUCACAGGAAUGGGGCCUUAUGAUAUUAGAUGAGGUGCACACCAUCCCUGCCAAGCAGUUCCGUCGGGUCCUGACCCAGGUCCAGGCCCACUGCAAGCUGGGACUGACGGCUACCUUGGUCCGGGAGGACGACAAGAUCGCGGACCUGAACUUCCUGAUCGGGCCCAAGCUCUACGAGGCUAACUGGAUGGAGCUGCAGAAUCGAGGUUUCAUCGCCAGGGUCCAGUGCGCUGAGGUCUGGUGUCCGAUGGCUCCGGAGUUCUUCAGGGAGUACCUGGCCAUCAGGACGAGGAGAAGAUUGUUGCUGUAUGUGAUGAACCCCAACAAGUUCCGUGCAUGCCAAUUUCUAGUGAGAUUCCAUGAGCAGCGGAACGAUAAAGUGAUUGUGUUCUCUGAUAAUGUCUUUGCUCUAAAGCAUUAUGCCAUCGCCAUGGGGAAACCAUACAUCUAUGGACCUACGAGUCAAGGAGAGCGGAUGCAGAUUCUCCAGAACUUCCAACAUAAUCCUGCCGUCAAUACAAUCUUCAUCUCAAAAGUCGGUGAUAAUUCCUUUGAUCUCCCCGAGGCCAAUGUAUUAAUCCAGGUAUCAUCUCACGGCGGUUCUAGAAGACAAGAAGCUCAGCGGUUAGGACGUAUCCUAAGAGCAAAGAAAGGAGCUGCGGCAGAGGAAUAUAAUGCCUUCUUCUACACACUGGUAUCACAAGACACUCAGGAGAUGUUCUAUUCCCUCAAGAGACAAAGAUUCCUUGUUAAUCAAGGGUAUAGCUUCAAGACUAUCACCAAGCUAGCUGGAAUGGAUCAGGAGAACCUGAAGUAUUCGACCAAGCAGGAGCAGCAGCAGCUUCUGCAGCAUGUACUAGCUGCUACUGAUGCAGACGCUGAAGAAGAAAGAGUACCCGGUGACAGUCUCAGACCAGGAUCUCAGGUUGUGCGUCGUGUUGGCAACAUGAGUUCAAUGUCUGGUGCCGAUGAUCAAGUCUACAUGGAAUACCAGACAAAGUCCUCCAAGAGCGUUCAUCCGCUCUUUAAGAAAUUCAGGAGAUGAUGUGGACUAGCUAGAACUUCUAGUGAGGACAUUACAAGGAGGGGAAUCUGGACCUGUAUACAAGUUCUUUGAGGUUAUUCCAAGAUAGACAUGUUAAGAACAGAUGUCUUCUGAGAAGGAAUUUAGGAGGGGAACUUGGACCUGUAUACAAGUUCUUUGAGGUUACUCCAAGAUCAACAUAUUUGGAUCAGAUGAUGUAGUCUUAUGAUGAGGGGUUCCGAUCCAGUCUCCCAAGUUCUUUGAACUGCAAGCGAGGUUAUCUUAAGAUAACCAUCUUAAGAACAGUUCAAGAUGGUACAAUUUCUCUGAGCUUUGAACGAUAUCUGCAAGAACAGAUGAAUUCCUCUCAUCAUCCGCUUCUCAAAAUGUUUGGAUGGUAGAAGAUUCUCUGAACUACUAUUGAGUUCAUUGCAGAUCAAUGUGCGAGGAACAGAUGAUAUCCUCUGAAAAUAUAAAUCCUAUCGUUCAGAAAGGACUGAUUCGUUGGACAGUGGUAACAGAUCAGUGAAGUACUAGUGAGGUUGGUCCAUGAUAUAGCAGAUGAUGGAUGUCCUUUUAGAAUCUUCUCCCUUUUUCUUAAAGAGACUCAUGAUUUUAGAAGUAUUUCAGUUCUGUGAGCUACAAAUGAUGUUUAUGAGAAACCAUUGGAAGAUCAGUCUCUAUGAUGUGGAGAGCAUACUUUUUCAUUGUAAGAAAAGGCUAAUCACAUAGAUGAUAGCUCCACAUGCUUUAGACACAUUGAGCUGUUAUUUCUGUGACACAUUUAAAGGGAUGGUCCACUCCAACAAAGCUAAGUGCAGAAAAUUCCAUCAAAAUUUCAAAUUGUCUUAUUUUCCAUCCAAAUUUGAUGACUUUUUCCGCAUUGUGCUUGAUUAUUUUGUUUCUAUUUAUUCAAAUCAACUUUUGUUUGGGUGGACUUGGCCUUCAACUUUGAAGGAAAAGUGUUGUCAGUUUUCUUGUGGAAUGACACCAUUUGGAUGUUAAGCCCCUUUCACAAUUGGUGCGACUGCUUACAACUGUUGCGAUUCUGUGCAACAUAUAUUGUGACCAAGUGAUCGCAAACCAUCGCACAAGCAAUUGUGAAAGCCCCUUUAGUCAUCCAGAAUGGAAUUAGGUUUAUGAUCAAAAGACAUUAUGGCCCAAAUUCAGAAAGGUGGUUAUGAAAUCGGUUGAACCCAUGGAGAUUUCUUGUAUAAAUUACACUUUAUUUACCUCGUGUACUAAAAAAUGUCCAAUGCUGAUGCGCGCUUUUGUCACAGUGCGCCAGAUUAACGCCUGUUGCCAUGGUUGAGCAUGCUAUUUUAUUAAUGAGUCCACCGUUUUAACGAGUCCACCGUUUUUAACAGUGGACUCAUGAAUAAAAUAGCAUGCUCAACCAUGGCAACAGGCAUUGAUUUGGAGCACUGUAAAAAAAAUCGCGCAUCAGCACUGGACAUUUUUAAUGAAUGUGGUAAAUUAAGCAUAAUUUUUACAGGAAAUCUGCAUAAACCAUGGAUUCAACCGAUGGUUUUGAAAGCCACCUUUGUAAAUUCAGGCCUUUGUAAUGCCACUGGAAAUUACUUUUUGUCAAAAUCAUCAAUUUCCCUCGACUGACAGAUGUCAAGGGCUGAGCAGGCUUGGCCGAAGAGUUUCUCACUGGAACACCAAGUUUGGCUUCCCCUAAAGGACUCAAUAUUACAAGCAUUUCAAAAGCUUUUUCACAAGUCUGGGCCCCAUUGCAUAAAAGUUACUGUUAAUGUAACUUUGUCAUCCAAUGAAAUCCUGGAUUUUGAUUGGCUGAUAAGCAUUGUUACCAUGGUAGUUACCGUUGGACGGCAAAGUUACCAUAAUAGUAACUUUUAUGCAACGAGGCCCUGGGCUAAACCAUCGCCAAUGAAUAUACCAUUUACCACAAGAAAGGAUCACCAGUCGUUCUUAAAGUCGCUCUUAACUUACGAACAGCUUUAUGAAACACCCACCUGGGGAGCGUUUCAUCAAUAUUUUCAUCCGACAAGUUGUCAGAUCUGACAUCUUUCCAUGAUUUUGAUUGGCUGAGAGGCACUGUUCCUAUGGUAACUGUCGGAUAAAAUGGGACUUGUCGGAUAAAACGUCCGACAAGUCCUUUCAUGAAAUGCCCCCCAGGACUCUAGUCAGCGAAAAGUAAUUCACUAACCGUGAAAUCUGACGUCCAUGUGACUUUAACCCUUUCAAUAUUACAAUUCAUUCAUUUUCAUGAAAAUCCAUUUUAAAAAUAGGAUUAAGUGCUGAGCUUUUUAUUUUCCUAAUUCUUUCAUUCUUU